AUGUCGAGCACCGGAACGGGAACUGGCACGCACGGCACCCAGAGCGCCGUCCCCGACCCGAACCGCAACUUCGAGAUGGACGCCUCGUCCAAGUACGCCGAGUGGGAGCAGCGAGGACAGGGAACGCUGGGACAGAACCCUCACGAGUCGGUGUCGAAGCCGUCGGCGCUCGACAAGGGGUUGGGCAAGGUCAACGAGGGCGUCGGAAAGGCUCUUGGCGAUCCCGAAUUGAAGGCGCAGGGUCUUCGCGAGCAAGGCAAGGCCAACGAGGUCGACAUCCAGGGCUUGCAGACGGAGUCGGGUGGAGGCGCUUCCUACGCCAACCGGGUGCCGAACAACUGA